UCUAGUCUUUAAUGACUUUUAAAUGUCUGUAGGUUUGUAUUAAGCUUUGUGUUGUCCUUAGCACUGAUUUUUGGGUAUUGCCUGUGCCUGCAGAGAACAUCUCCUGUGAUGCUUUUGGGGUGUCAGAGCUGAUCUAGGUGCAGCUAGGUGAGGGGGAAGGUGGAGACCCUGGAUUCAGGUCAGUCCGUGGUAUAGAGAGUGCCUGCCUUCUGUGGAGGCAAAAGCUGCCCUUUGCUUCCUGCUACUUCUGCACUGUACUGUACCAGUGCUCAACUGGCUCAGUUGGCAGCUAGUCCAUAGAUGCCUCUGUACCUUUGUCAGCAGGUCUAAAGGAGUUGUGCUGUUCCCAGGUUUCUGGGAUGUGAGGAUGAGGCCACUAAGGCAGUUUCAUUCCAAGUAAUACUACCACAGGAGUGUCUGUGGUGUCUUGGGGAAACAGUCUCUCCAGAAAUGCUUGUAUUCUGCACCCCUGUCACAGUAGGUCUGAGAUACUUAUGUCUCCUACUGGGAGGUGUUUUGUCUAGCUGAGCCCAGAGGAACCUAAGGUAUCUCUGCUCCUGCCCGGGGAUGGCCUGGGCCCACAGCCAUGUACCCCAUGGCAGAACCUGUUGUUUCUGAGUUGUCCUUCCCUCUCUGGUCCACGUUGGUAGUCACUGAGAUGUGCUGUCUGCGAUCUGACCCAUGGGAAGUGAAAUAUCUCAGGCCAGUUUCAGCCAGUCGGGGGCAGUGAAUCUCUGCGUUCAUACUGGAAAAUGUACUUGCCCAAAGUGCUGUUGCUAAUCUAUGUCGUGGACUCGGCUGAUCAUGCCCGACUGCCUGUGGCAAAACAGCUGCUUCAUCAACUGAUCCAGAACAACUCCACCCUGCCGGUGGUGGUUCUGGCCAACAAGCAGGACCUUGAAGGCGCAUAUUGCAUCGCCGAUAUCCAUGAUGCUCUGGCACUGUAUGAUACUGGGGACAACAGGAAGGUGUUCUUGAUUGGUACCCAUGUGGCAGAAGAUGGCUCCGAGAUCUCCUCCAACAUGAAGGAUGCCAAGGAGCUGAUAGCGCAACUGGUUUUGGAAGCACAGUGACAGCUCUUUUCCUACAAUGCGAUCUGUGCAGCUGAGGGAGACAGAGUGUUAGUGUAUGGUCAGUUUGUCAUGCGGCAACUGAAAUGUACAGGUAUCUUUUCCUUCCGAGUGUGGGAUUCCCCUGAAAACGGUGUCUAGUUGGUAACAAAAUCUAAUUUGUAUUGGUUUGAAAAUACAUUUGAGAAGUAAGUCUAAUAUUUAGCGUAUUUGUAGGGGAAAAUUAGUCUCCCACAUAGCAGAGUUAAGAGGAUGUGUAGCUUAGGUGGGCUGAGCUGGCUUCUUGCCAGGUGGGAAUCAAACGUCCACUCCAGUGGAACAAGGUUGCAUCCAUUGAAUUUAGCCUGGCUUGAUGUCUCAGGUUUAAACUGAAACGUGUACUCCUCAGGUUUUACAGGACCCUGUUACCAGUGGUGUUCUGUUGAAAACCAGACCUCACUUCUUGACACUGUCAGAAAUUUAAAGUACUGCAGUUAGUAUCUUUGACAGUUUUUGUUGUUGCUGUGUUGGAGCCAGCCUUUAAGGGAGUGGUAGAUUAGUAAUCUCUGGAAAUUGCGUUGGUUAUUGUUUCUUUAGUAGGUAAGAACAAGAAGACAAUCGCAGUAAGACAUUAAGCGUUUCUUUGCCUGCAGGGAAAAACCAGAAUGGUGUCAUUUAAGGUGGUAACUGGAAGCAUUUAAGUUAAAUUGGCACCAAAGGUGGGACUCCUCCAUCGGGCUGAGUGGUUUGUUUCAGUUUAGUCCGGGUUGUCCUCAAGCAAGCAGUCUUAUGUGUGAAAAACCGGUUGAUUUUUGGAAGCGAUUUGUGUUAACACAAGCAGGAGAGGAAGGGUACCCGAUGAGUGUCACUCUCCCAUUGUCCUUGGCAUUACAUCCCAGGAAUGCGAUCCAGGAGCAAGUUCUGUAACGGGCCUGUUGCGCGGCUACAUUUACUGUAUGAAUGUUGUGUAGUUUCAUCCUUUGGAACAGAUGCAUAAAGCAGAAAGCGUCACCCAAA